ACCUCACACACCACGCCUCCACUUCCGGCCGGGUCCGCGGCUUCCCGGCAAGGACCCCCGGAAGGGCUGCCCGGCCGAACGCCCGAAAGACCCCGCCUGGGCCGCGCAGGCUAGCUACCGCGGUGCCUGGUGGCCGGGCGCCGCGGUGGAGAACCAGGAGUGAGAUGACCUCGAUCUUGCGAAGCCCUCAGGCUCUCCAGCUUACUCUGGCCCUGAUCAAGCCUGAUGCUGUUGCUCACCCCCUGAUUCUGGAGGCUGUUCAUCAGCAGAUUCUGAGCAACAAGUUCCUUAUUGUACGAAUGAAAGAACUUCUGUGGAGAAAAGAAGAAUGCCAGAAGUUUUACCAAGAGCAUGAAGGGCGUUUUUUCUAUCAGCGGCUGGUGGAGUACAUGGCCAGCGGACCAAUCCGAGCCUACAUCCUUGCCCGCAAGGAUGCCAUCCAACUCUGGAGGACCCUGAUGGGACCCACUAGAGUGUUUCGAGCACGUCAUGUGGCUCCAGAUUCAAUUCGUGGAAGUUUCGGCCUCACUGACACCCGCAACACGACCCAUGGCUCUGACUCUGUGAUUUCCGCCAGCAGAGAGAUUGCAGCCUUCUUCCCUGACUUCAGUGAACAGCGCUGGUAUGAGGAAGAGGAGCCCCAGCUGCGCUGUGGCCCUGUGCACUACAGUCCAGAGGGAGGCAUCCACUGUGCAGCCGGACCAGGAGGCCCAGGACCAGCCUGAUGCAAGCCUGUUGGUCUGUGAAGACUGGCUGCACUGCCCAGCCUUUUCUCAGAGACCUAGGACCAGGGAGGCCUGGGGAUCGUAGCACCAUCUUUGCUGGGCACCACACAUACCUGAGGAUCUAGCUCCUCACUUCCACCUGCUCUAGAAUCUAGCUAUCUACCUCUUUUCCAGAAUGUUCAUGGGUGGUUCAGAGCAGUAAUGGCUCCUCUUUUCUCUAAGAACUAUUCAUCCUUUUCAAGGAGGAGUUUGCCUAAUUGACUUGCCUGAAAAAUGCAGUGACUAUAAGCACCACUUGGCCUGUCUUCCUCAAUAAAAGUCAGUGUUCUACUGAAUCUUCAAGACUAGGAGCACUAUUCUAGGUGCUUUCUCUCUUUCUCCUUAAGUGGAAUAAUUAAACCUGUCCCAGGAAUGCCUGGGUGGUUCAGUCUGUUAA